AUGUCUAAAGUUAGCAUUGAAGCGCUAGAGAAAGAGGGCUACCAGACGGCACUGAAGCAGGUGUCCAAUAUGCUCCAGCGACCAGACCAACUGGAAAAGAUUGAGCACUACAAAAGGCGUGUCAAACGGAAUAUUAACUCCAAAGAAGGCAUGCUAAAGACUGCAAUGCAGACGCAGCUGGACGGCGUCAAGACUGGCCUGAUUCACCUGAAAACCGCCCAACAGGACAUUAGUGACAUUAAAAAGAUUGUCCAUGAAAUAGAAGAACUAUUCCCGACAAUUCCCGUGCUUGUCGACAAGCUGAAGUACGUCAGAGAGGAGUCGAUGAAGCACAGUCAGUACGCAGUGUCCAUGGAGAACUUGAAGCACAUCUUCAACGUUCCCGAAACGGUGGCCAAAACGAGAGACCUCAUCGCCGAUGGGAAGCUCCUUGAGGCGCACAAAAACCUGUCCGAGCUGGAGAACUCCCGUGAUAACCUGCUGUACCAGCUGCAUCGACUGGCGCCGACAAACAAUGCGGAUAAGAACAUGCUGAAGCACUACUACGGCGAGGUGGAGAAGCUCUCUGAAGAGCUGGGCAAGCAGCUCUGGCUGCUCAUCCGCCUGACGCUCAACUCGGUGCGAAAGGAGCCCUCGGUGAUUGUGACGGCGCUGAGAAUCAUCGAGCGAGAGGAGCGGACCGAUCAGAAUGCCGCCCGGCGCUGUGAACAGAGCGGCUUCAUGUCCAUUGGCCGUCCGAAGAACUGGCGAAAGCGGGUGUUUGAGAUUCUGGAGGAGGCGGUGGCGGAGCGAAUUCAGGGGAACAAGUUCCACGACCGGUCGGACAAUAAGAUGUGGCUGGUGCUGCACCUGGAGAUGACGCGCAAGAUCAUCCUCUCCGACCUGCAGGUGGUCAAGUACGCCUGCGUCUCCUGCUUCCCGCCCGGCUACGACAUUCUCCGGCGGAUGCUGCACAUGUACCACAACUGCCUGAGCAGCUACCUCUGCGAGCUGGUGUCCACGCUGGAGGGCAACGAGUACAUCACACUGCUCAACUGGCUCAACGACUACGAGGGACCGCUGCUGAUGGGCCACGAGGACCUGCGCUUCAACCUGCAGGAGGAGCAGCUGGGACCGCUGCUGUCGGAUGAGAUCGUCAACGAGGUGACGAACAAGUACCUGCAGACGGUGGAGAAGAACUACCGCGAGUGGCUGGCGAACACCAUUCGCCACGAGUCGAAGGACUGGGAGAGCGUCAGCAAUCCAGAGUCGAGCAACACUGGCCACUACCAGACGACGACGCCGGUCAUUGUCUUCCAGAUGAUUGACCAACAUCUGCAAGUGGCGAGCUCCGUCAGCAUGACCCUGGUGGAGCACGUGCUGCUGAUUAGCACGAAGCACCUGACGGAGUUUGCCAAGCAGUACAAGGAGGCGGUCAAUCGAUAUGCGAAGGCGCACUUUGAGAAUCGCUCCUUUCACUUUACGCCCAACAUGAUCGCCAUCUCGAACAACUGCGCCAGUCUGAUUGACAAUGCGCUCAAGUUUCAGAAAGACUACAAAAAGGACGACAAGAAUCAGAUUGAACUGGACAAGGCCUUCAGUCAGGUGGUCAGCUCUUUCAACAGUCUGAAGAAGCAGAGCAUCGGCUACCUGAUCAAAGAGAUCUUCAUGGACGUCGACAAGGAGAUCAGCAAGGUCGGUUCGCAGGAGUGGCUCGAAGGGGCGGCCAGUAUUAUUGAGAACGUCUGCCUCACACUGGAGGACUACUUCCGGGACUACAUCUACCUGAAGGAGAGUAAUGCCGAUGAGCUGAAAGUGCAACUGCAGAAGGCACUCGCCAAGGCCUACAUUCAGGCGAUUAUGUCUCG